AUGGGGCGGGCGCGGAGCCGGCGGGGCCGGAGCGGGCCGGCGCCCCCGCAGUGCGUGCGGACCCAGUGCUUCGACCCGCUGGUCCGCGUGUGCGUGGCCUGCAGCCUCCUCCGCACGCCGGAGCCCCGGCCGGCGGCCGAGCCGAGCAGCCCGGCGCCCGGGACGGCGGUGCAGCCGCAGGAGUCGGUGGGCGCGGGCGCCGGGGCCGAGGCGCUGCCGCUGCCCGCGCUGCUGCUGGGCGCCCCCGCGCUGCUGGGCCUGGCGCUGGCCCUGGUGCUGGUGGCCGCGCUGGGCUGGCGGCGGCUGCGCCGGCCCGCGCCCCCCAAGGCCCCGGACACGGAGCUGGACGAGCCCCUGGACAGCGUCAUCGUCCUCUCUUCCGGACCCCUUGAUGCCACAGCGCCCGUCUGGCCUCCACCCGGAGAAAACCCAGCCGCCAUGCCCCCUGCCCACAGCGUCCCCGUGCCAGCCACGGAGCUGGGCUCCACCGAGCUGGUGACCACGAAGACGGCCGGCCCUGAGCAGCAGUAG